GCAAUAACUAGAUAAUGAAAUCAGUCUCACUGCGAUAUGAUUCUUAUUAAGUCGUCAAUUUACAUAUCGAGUGAAAUAUACUCGUAAAUUUCAUACUAUGAAAAUAUAAUAUUCUCGUUACACUUAAAAAUGUGGUUACUAUGGUUAUUAUUAACAUUGGUUAUAAUAAAAAUAUUCAACAAACUGACAACCGGCAAAUGUUCCAGUGGGAAUAUAAUGACAGGCAAAGUGGUGAUAGUGACUGGCGCUAGUAGGGGACUGGGUUACGAGACAGCAUUGGAUUUAGCUAGAAGAGGUGCUAAAGUUAUUGUCGCAUGUCGAGAUGAUACCAGGGGUAAGCAAGCAGUGGAAACAAUUAUAAAUAAAACAAAAAAUAAAUUCGUAAGAUAUAUAAAAUUAGAUUUAUCAUCUUUGAAAUCUGUUAGGGAAUUUGUUAAUGAAUUUACAAGUAAAGAGGCUAAAUUGGACGUAUUGAUAAACAACGCCGGAGCAAUAUGUACUAAAACUGAAGAUGGAAUAAUGAGGGAUAUGCAAGUCAAUCAUUUCGGUCCUUUCCUUUUAACAAUUUUAUUAACACCGAUAUUAAAAAAAUCGUCUCCUAGUCGUGUCGUUAUCGUAUCGUCGGCGUUGCACAAACUUGGAUAUGUGCCAGAAAACUGGAGUAACACAGGGAGCUAUUUCCAAGCGUAUGCUAACAGUAAGCUAUGCAAUAUACUAUUCAGUAAUGAGCUAGCAAGAAGAUUGGAGGGUUCCGGUGUGGUGGUGAACAGUCUAAAUCCUGGUCAAGUGAACACCUCGUUAUAUAGAAGUUCUACACUCUUGGAGAAGAUGAGGAGCCUCGUGCUGUACACAUUCUUCAAGAGUCCAGAAGAAGGAGCUCAGACCUCUAUUUACUUGGCAGUUGCAGAUGAAUGUGACGAUGUAAGUGGACGUUAUUACGAAGACUGCAAAGAAAGUUGCAUGUCACAUAAAGCCAAGGAUAAAGAUUUGGCGGCCAAAUUGUGGUCGAUGUCGGAAAAAUUUGUCAAAUUAUCACCCGAAGAGGUUAUUUAACUGUGAGUUUCCACUGCCGAAACGAUUUUAUUACGUGUGAAAAUCCACGCUUAAUUUGUUAUAAAAUAAUUAUAUUAGUGGUUUUCAUUUAUGUAUCGGUAAUACAAGACAUGUUAUAAAUAUAUUCUAAUACAAAAUAUUAC